CAGGUUCAUUAUGUUUGCCAAUUUGCCAUGGACAAGAGAUGAUGAGAGUCGAGGGAAGCAUACAGGAACAUUUGGGGAGGUUCAUGUGUGGCGUAGGAUAAGGAAUGGAGCUAAAGAAAUGGCAGUUGUGAAAAUACCUACUGUCCCACAACACAUCGAAAAACUUAGGAAAGAGAGGGAUAAAAUGUUACAAGUCAGUCAUGAAAACAUAGUCCGUUGUCUGAAUCCCAACAUAUUCAGCGAUGAUUUUAAUCUGGAAAGGCAAUACAAAAGUGGAAUCAUAUGGAAAGAUGUUCUUGUCAUGGAGUUUUGUGAUGGUGGUAACCUGAGAAAAGUUUUUAAUCAAAAUAAACAUGGAGUAAGACUUGAGGAUCUUUUAAACAUAUCCUCUGACCUUGGCUCUGCAUUGCAAUACCUUCAUGAAGUCCAUCACAUUAUCCAUAGAGACAUAAAGCCUGAAAACAUAUUUCUUUCCAAGACUUCAGAUCCCAUACGUCCACUUCUUUACAAAAUCGGGGAUAUGGGUGAAGUAACUGAAGUAAUGAAAUCAGAUGGAAUGACCCAUGUCAGCACUUUACAGACUCAUGGGACAUUUGCAUACAUGGCUCCUGAACAGCUUUUGUAUGACCCUUAUGAUGGAACAAUGAAGAUGGGAGAAAGCACUGAUUUGUGGGGAUUUGGUACAAUAUUGUCUGAAGCAGCAUUUGGUAUUCGCCCGUUUUUCCACGAUCAGGGACACCAAAUUCACAUGGAUAUCAGUUCUUAUUGUAGCACUAUCAUGGAUAAAUCUGAUGAAACCAUCUACAUUUACAAGGAAGGGCAAAUGCGAGAUCCAGCAUUUUUACCAGUCCAUACAUCAAUCAUUCCUCACAACAGUACCCUUCCUGACUUCGUUCUGCAGAAGAUAUUUCAAAUUCUUAAAAGUCUUCUUUUAUCAGAUCGUAAAAAGAGGGGCAAUUUGUGUAAUGGCUCAUAUGGGAUCUACAAACUGAUAUCUGAACUAACCAGUACAAGAAUAUGUUCUGUCCUUCAUUGUGGGCAGAUCAAGACACAGUUCAUCGAUAUAAACAAUGAUGAAAGACAGUCAUACGAUACAUCUAAUGGAAUAAUUGUAGACCAAAAUCUCGAGAUUAACCCUGAGCAUUAUGAUGCUGGGCUUUACCUUUACUUGUCUGAAUUUUCUGAAACUGCUGUUUCAAUUCCUAGUAUACCAAAUGUUUUAGAGCAGUAUUUCUCUGAACCAUUUCCAAGUUAUAGGAAAGGAGUUGAACGCAGUCUUGUUGGGUUUGUAGUCAGCCUGAGGCUCAAGUUAGAGCAUAUUGUUAAAUCUAUAGACAUAAUCAUCAAACUGAUCAAAGAAACCAAGACUAAAUUCGAAGCUGAAUCUCUGGCGCCAUUCAGCACUUUUGUUGAGCUGUGUGACCACAAGUUGUAUAGAGGAUAUCUGAUGUCGUGUAUUGAAACAAUUUCUACGAAAACUGUUGUGAAUAAUCUGCAAGAUCUGAAGAGCGAUAUCACGAUGCAAAUUGGAUACACCACUUGUUGGGUUGAUACUUUUCGAGGUCUCACCUCAAAGACUGAGUGGACUGAUGUGUACUUGCUUGUAGACAGCUUCAAGGAAAAGUACUGUACACUAGUGAACCGUUUUGCAAAGGGGUCAGGGUAUGGAUAUUCGUUCUUGAAGACAGUUGCUCAUCAAGAAAUGAAGCUGAAAGGUAUGGCAGCUGAAAUGAAAGGAAUUGUGCUUAAAACAUCUGGAAAUACUUCAAAAGACAGAAAGAGUAACAUCACAAUGUUAAUGGAAGAGAAUGCUAAACUUUUUGAUCAGCUCAAGAUUGAGCUUGAAGAUAAUUUUGACAUUUAGAACCUUUAACUGUUUAUUGUUUUACUUACCGUUUUUUUGUGGAAACUUUAUGAAUCGCUAUACAUGUGACCCUGGCCAUGUGGCCUGUACAUACACUUCUGAUAAUAUAAAUUGUACAUUACAGUUUUUUUGUAAACACUAAACGCACAUGCCAUGUGGCAUGUUAUCCGGAAAAGUUAAAUAUUUAUUUUGGGAUUUUGGACAAAAUUUUGUUUUAUACUAAUAUUGAAUUAACACUAUGUAUAAUCAUUGCUAUUGCACCCCAUGA